GCGCUGUCAGAUUUUCUACGCAAAAAGUGAUGUUGUUAUUUUUAAUCCAUUCCUCCUUUUAGUUGUUGUUUCUGUUGUUUUUUGUACCUACUUUAAAACACUCUAAAAGUGGUGUUUAGUGUAAAUGGUUAACUAAUAAGUAAGCAAAACGAAGGGAAACAAACCCCGGUUCUAAACCGAUGUGAUAGUGUGGUGUAGUAUAGAAUACCUCCACACCGUGAUCCCCUCCACCCGAAAAUGCAUCGUCUGAUGGUGCGUGGAGUAGUGCGUGGAGCAGCAGCUUCAAUAGAUAGCUCCAGCCGGUGGGUGCUCCCGGGCCCGAAGUUGCUACACACGGCAAGGCCGUGCUUAUCGGACGCAGGCAGCAGCGGCGAUCGGCGGACACAAUCGCCGGAAACCAGCGCGUCAUCGGCGGCAGCACCAUCGACAGUUGAUAGUGCUGAUAAGAACAAAUCGAAUAGUGAACGCGAACGGUCACAGCCAACUACAGCAGCAGCAACAGCUUCGACGCUCAGCGACAGCUUUGGACGGUUUCACAGCUAUCUGCGAAUAUCGCUUACCGAGCGGUGCAAUCUACGCUGCAAGUACUGCAUGCCGGCGGACGGUGUGCAGCUGACCCAGAAACAGCAACUGCUAACCAGCGCGGAGGUGCUCCAGCUAGCCAGCCUGUUCGUGGCGGAGGGCGUCCGGAAGAUACGGCUAACCGGCGGCGAACCCACCGUACGCAAAGACCUGACCGAGAUCGUUGCCCAGCUGAAGGCCACCAAUCCGCUGCUCGAGAGCGUCGGCAUCACCACGAACGGCCUAAUGUUAACGCGCCAGCUCGUCGGGCUGCAGCGGGCCGGGCUCGAUGCGCUCAACGUCAGCCUGGACACGCUGCGGGCGGCCCGGUACGAGCAGAUAACGCGCCGGAAAGGCUGGGACCGGGUGAUGGCCGGCAUUGACCUGGCUAUUCAGCUCGGCUACCGGCCAAAGGUGAACUGUGUGCUGAUGAAGGGAGCACCAGCACGUUCCACCACCACCACCACCAACACAUCCUACGCACAAACCUCCACCCUCUUCCAGCGCCGUCCAGCGCUGCAACUGCAACAGCCCCACCGGCACUAUGCAUCGCUCAGCCACGUGGACGUACACACGGGCCGCGCCACCAUGGUCGACGUCGACGACAAGCUGUCCUCGAAGCGGAUCGCCAAAGCGCAAGCGACCGUGUACGUUGGGCCUACCAUCGCGGCGCUGAUCGAAAACAACGAGCUGAAGAAAGGCGACGUCCUCUCGAUCUCACAGAUGGCCGCCAUAGUGGCGGCAAAGAAAACGUCCGAUCUGAUCCCACUGUGCCACAACAUCCCGCUGUCCUCGAUCAAGGUGGAAACGAACCUGAACAGCUCCACGCACGAGGUGCACAUACUGGCGAAGGUGAAGUGCGACGGCAAGACGGGUGUGGAGAUGGAGGCCCUGACCGCCGUUUCGAUUGCCGCCCUGACCGUGUACGACAUGUGCAAGGCGGUCUCGCACGAGAUCCUGAUCAAGAACAUUAUGCUGGUGGAGAAGACCGGCGGCAAGAGCGAGUUCUACCGGAAGCAGUUCAGUCACGAUGCGUCCACGCUGGAGUCGCGCACGAUGGAGGAGCGCACGCCGGAACGGAUGCCGCCGGUACCGCCGACGCGCCCCUACCGGACGGAUCCGAUCGUCACGAACGAACAGUUUGUGCCGAUGUACAUCUGAAGGCCAAAAGUCAACCCCCGUCGUGUCGUCCCCC